CUGUUCAGCAAUUAUGAGGUGAUGAGACCAUGUCUUGGUCUUCCCAAAGAAAUCAUUUUCUCGAGUUUCGGUCCGAUACAAUAUCCUCUUUCGCGGCUACUGGAAUCAAUCGUACUUUCAAGUCGUUCCUUCUCGUCUUCUCGUUUGAUCAAGGAAGGUGUACAAGAAGCCUUCAAACCUGGCUUUUCUGAAUCUUUGAAGCUCGAUAUCCUCAAGGAAAAGGUUUCAAAAAGACCUGCUGAGAAAACUCAUCGACCUAUUCCAAUUCUUGGACGUCGUACUUCAAACGCUGGUUAUGUGGCUAAGACUUUAUCUGAAGAUCCAAAGAAAAUAUCCAAAUCCGAACUUAAACGUUGGCUUAAAACUCAAUCCUUUGAUCAAUCACAAUUAGAAAUCUAUGUUACCGCUUGCAAACAAACCAGUCUGAAAAGUGCACUUCUGAUACUUGAAUCAAUACCUACGUCUAAUGAAGGAUCUGAUCGAAACAUACCCUCUAGUAUUUUGGCAGAGAUUGCUAGUAAGAGAAUCCAAGAUCGACAACAAUUGGACGAUCUUUUGAUUCUCUUGGGUCAUCGUAUUGCAAUCGAGGAAGAUGUCAUGAUAGUUUCACAUUUGUUAAACGGUGCAGUGCAAGCUAGUUUAUCGGUUGGACAUCUUGUUGCUUCAACUGAACUUGUGGAAUACUCUACACGCUAUGCUUCCGAAAUAGCUAGAGUCGAAGUCGAAAAAACCAAUACACAAAGCGCUAAUGAUGAUGAUUCAAAACAUGGAGUAGCGCAGGAUCCGUCGCUUGCGAUAAGACCUUUGCUUGCUUGUAUUGCAGCUCUGAUGAACCGACCAGUAUCUCAGAGUCACGGACCCACAUGCAAACUUAUCACUAUACUGAUCAAGCAUACAAUCGAUCUCUGCGGUAGUCUAGAAUCGGUGUUCGGUCGACUUUCUAAACCGAACAUUCAUUUACUAAGUCGAGCGAUCAUUAGUUCUAUGCUUUCUCCGGAUGGACACCCUUUCAAGUUACCGGAGAUUAACCUUUUAUUGAGACAAAAGCUUCCACCUUCGACGCUUCGAUUAGGCAUGACUUGUAUGAUUCAGGCUGGACGUAGAGAUCAGGCCGAUCGAUUCGAACGACGUCUGCUCGAUCACGGCAAUCAACCUGAAGAUUUACCCUUCAAGUACCAACUGAAUCACGCUUUGAAAUUUCAUCAUCUUCCCAAAUUAGCCUUACGAGUAUGGGAACACGUCACUCAUAUUGGGAUGCGACCAGAUGCUGCUGCUCUUCAAGUGGUUAUGACCGUACUGAUUGAUUUAGAUCGAUCUCAUGAAGCUGUCUAUCUAUUUCGACAACAUUCAAGACCUGGCAAUGAUCAUCAACCACCCAUUGUUGGUAGUUCUUCAGGUAACAUUCAGGUUUUAGCUACCUAUGCGAGGGCAUUAGACCUAGCAGGUCAUCAUUCCGACGUUUAUCAUCUAUGGAAGACUCUAAAAUCUGAUUGGAAUCUGGAACCGGAUGAACGAAUCUUUGGAGCUUUGAUCUCAUCAGCUCGUAAACUCGCUCUCGCUUCGGUUUCCGAGCCAUCUAACAAUAUGUUACAAGUAUCAUCUGAUCAUCUAAGUGAUAGGCCACAAAGGGAAACGAGUGAUGAUUGGGAUGGUAGACCGGCUGCUGAAGUAGCCAUCAGAUUAUUUUGGUCAAUCUUAUAUCAAAAUUGGCCUAAUAUUGCUCAAACUGUUUCGGCUCCAUUAAGGACAGCUUCAAUUUGGAAUGGAGUAGGAGUUCAUGAGUUAUUUCUAAGUCGUGUCAGAGGUCUUAGUCCACCUAGUCAUUCAGCUCAAUCACGUAACCAAACAACAAAAUCUAUAGAAAAAUUAUCAACAGCAGAAACAGUGAUUCCUUCAUUACAAUAUUCACUAGAUUGGCCCAUGUUGAUACCUACACGUUAUAGUUUUAGAGAUCAAAUUGAAUUACUUGGGAUCUGUAAUCAAUCACAUUAUAUACCAUUACUUUUAGGAUGGAUGAAAGCCUUGAAAAUCAAACCAGAUCAAGAUUUAAUUCUUAGAGGAUAUUAUUGGAUUUAUCAAAUCUCAUCACCAAUUCAAAAUAGAUUAAAUUCAUUAGAUUUGUUUAUUGAAGAUUGGAUUCAAGAAUUUGAUGGAUUGAAAGUCGUUGUUCCUACGGAUCGAAUGAUGGAAUUACAUUAUCUUGAUAGGUUUAAAUGGAAAGCUGGAUUCUUUAAUGGUAGGACUAAAGUAGGUGAUUGGAUUAAAGAUAAAUGAUGAACUUUUUGAGUCUUACGACGCAGUUAUUGAAGAGUUUAAACUCUACAGAUAUAGAUGGAUAGAUAUUUGUAUUUGAGUGAUUGUAGGAUCUCAUUGACUUUGGACUUUUAAGCUAUUGAAGUUUAUCUCUUCAUAGAAGCUUGCAAAUUGAUUGUCUUUUUCUGCGUGAUGGGUGUUUGUAAUUGUGAAUCUUCUUCCCUUUUUUCAAGUGCUUCUUGUUGCAGGAGAUUUACACCAGAACAUAGACAUACCACAAUUAAAGUGAAAUUGGUAGGACCUUGAGUGAUUCUGAAAUUUUCCAGUUGAUC